AACGAGCUACGAGUGAUCAAACUCUCUGAGUUCGAAGACCCAAUCGUUGUCACAGAAAGAGAGAAAUUGAAUUUCAAGAGAAAAAACAUCAACUUUUUCGAUAUAACAGAAUUGUCUGACUCUGAAGCCUACAGCUCGUUUUUUGUCUCCAAUAGUGACAGUGCCAAUGAUAAAGGUAUAGGCAGACCAAGAUUUGCUUCUUUUGAUGUUCCAGACUAUCAAUAUCCAAAAAGUAUAGCCUAUAAAUCUGAAAUCGACGUUGUUUUAAAAGAAGUUAACAAAAAUAAUUUGUAUAACAAUUUGGUUAAGUUCUCCUCAUUUUAUACAAGAUACUAUAAAAGCGAUAACGGUUUAAAAAGUGCCAACUGGUUAAAGGAUCAGAUUGUUGAUAUACUCAAUUUAAACACAUCCAAAAAUGCCUUUGUGAAUGAAUUCCAUCAUUCAUGGCCACAAUACUCAACUAUUGUCACUAUCCCUGGUAUAUACCACAAUCAUAAGAACAAAGACAAGGAAACCAUUAUAAUCAUUGGUUCUCAUCAAGACUCAACAAACCUUCUAUUUCCAUCCUUUUUAGGUGCCCCAGGUGCUGAUGAUGAUGGAAGUGGUACUAUAACUUGUCUUGAAGUAUUGAGAUUAAUAAUCUUAUCCGAUUUAUCCCCAAUCAAUACUCUCCAAUUCCACUUUUACUCUGCAGAAGAAGGUGGUCUAUUAGGUUCAGCUGAUAUUUUCAAUUCAUAUAAAUCAAAAAACUUAAAAGUCGUAGCAAUGUUACAACAGGAUAUGACUGGUUAUACUGAAAAAACACUAUCAAAUAAUAAAAUAGAAUCAAUGGGUUUAAUCACAGAUUAUACUAAUGAUAAUCUAAAUCAAUUUGUUAAAUUGGUAAUCAAUCAAUUUUGCUCAAUUCCAUAUACCGAAACUAAAUGUGGUUAUGCUUGCUCAGACCAUGGUAGUGCUACACAUUUUGGCUAUCCAAGUGCUUUUGUCAUUGAGAGUGAAUUCGAGUACUCAAACCCAUAUAUUCAUUCAACAAAAGACACUGUCGAUAGAUUAGAUUUCGAUCAUAUGGCUGAAUUUGUUAAAUUAACAACUGCCUUUGCAUAUGAAUUAGCUCUCACUGAG